AUGUCGGGGUACACGCCAGAUGAGAAACUGCCGCUGCAGCAGGUGCGAGAGCUGAGGAGGCGAUGGCUGAAGGAUCAGGAGCUGAGCCCUCGGGAGCCAGUGAUGCCCACCAAGAGGUUAUGGCCUCUGGAAGAGUCCUGGAAUAAGUUUUUGCAGAACCCAACCCCCUGGAGGAAGAAUGUCAAACCAUAUGCUAUUGUUGACAUGAAACCUAUAUUAUUCCCAAGUGAUACAAUUCUGGAGACUGGAGAGGUAAUUCCACCAAUGAAAGACUUUUCAGAUAAACAUCACUGA